AUGUCCCUCUCCACGCUCGCUAAAGAAUGCAUCGCUAAUCAGUCUAAAUACACAUCACUCAACGCCUUCAUAUCGCUCGCCGAUCGCGCAUCAAUUCUUUCUCGCGUGGCGAAAGUUCCCCCGAGCCGCAACCAUGGACCUGACCGUCUAUCCGGACAGCUCAUAGCCGUCAAAGACAACAUUUGCACUUCGGAUCUCCCAACGACGGCGGGUUCCGGCAUCUUAAAAAACUUCACGAGUCCCUACGAUGCGACGGUUGUCAAGCAGCUGCGCGAUGCGGGGGCCGUCAUUGCGGGGAAGACGAAUCUGGACGAGUUUGGUAUGGGAUCGCAUUCGGUACACUCGUUCUUUGGGCCGGUGAAGAACACGAAUGCGCGAGGAGAAGAGCUGAGUGCUGGCGGUAGCUCGGGAGGUAGUGCAGUUGCUGUCGCGACGGGGCAAUGCACCGCAGCACUGGGAACAGAUACUGGUGGAUCGGUUCGACUACCUGCGGCAUACACUGGCGUUGUUGGUUUCAAGCCGUCCUAUGGGCUCGUGUCCCGGUGGGGGGUCAUUGCGUACGCGAAUUCCUUAGAUACGGUUGGCGUACUUGCGAAGAGUGUCGCCCAAAUGCGUCGAGUGUUCGAUGCGCUCAACUUCCACGACCCACAAGAUCCUACGUCCCUUCUCCCUUCGACACGGCGUCGACUCGGUAGGCCGGUUACCCAGCGUCCUCUCCGCAUAGGCAUCCCUUUAGACUACAACAUCUCAUCCCUCGACCCCACGGUGAGGAAGACAUGGAUGCACGCUCUCAAAGCACUCCAGCAAAAGGGCCACACUCUCCAUACAGUCAACCUCCCAGCAACCCGCCACGCUCUCUCCGCAUACUACAUCCUUGCUCCCGCAGAAGCCUCCUCCAACCUCGCGAAGUACGACGGCGUACGGUACGGCAGUCGGGCGGAGGGACCCGAUGGCACGCCGGACAGCGUGCUGUUUGCGAAGACGAGGGGCCGGGGUUUCGGCGACGAAGUCCAGAGGCGGAUCUUGCUGGGCGCGUUCUCCCUGAGCGCACAGGCGAUGGACAAUUACUUUAUCCAGGCGCAGAAGAUCCGGCGGCUGGUACAGCGGGAUUUUGACGGCGUCUUCUCGGCGCGGAAUCCGCUGCUGACGUCCGCUUCUUCUGAGGCUGAGGGACAUCGUGAGGGCGCGGGCGUCGAUGUCCUUGUUUGCCCUACAGCACCGACGCCUGCACCCGAACUGGCCAAGGUGAAGAAUCAAGAUCCUGUUGACGCCUACAUGAACGACGUGUUCACCGUGCCGGCGAGUCUUGCGGGCUUGCCGGCUGUUAGUGUGCCGGUGAAGAUGAGGGAGACUCAGGGGAGUGGAGCUGGGAUUGGGAUGCAGGUCAUCGGACAGUUUGGCGAUGAUGGGCUGGUAUUGGAUGUGGGGGAGGAGUUGAUGGGAGAAGGUUGA